GACGGCAAGGAGGUGACCCCGCCGGUUGCCAUUGACACUGACACCCCCAGCUUAAUAAAGCCCUGCAAGGAAAGUUAUCAAGGAUCUGAGGCACUGAAGAAUCUAGUCCUGCAAUUCCUGCAGCAGUAUUUCUGGAUCUAUGACUAUGGGGACCGACGGGGCCUCCUGGGAGCGUACCACGAACAAGCCUGCUUCUCUUUGACUGUUCCUUUCAAUCCUGAGGACCCAGCCCUUAACAGCAUGUGGCAAUACUUCAAAGACAGCAGGAACAUGAUUAUGCUCCAGGACCCCUACGUGCGAUACCAGCUGCUGAGACACACGAACCUUGACAUCGUGAGCACCUUGUGCGUGCUACCCCAAACUAUUCAUGACCUCAACUCCUUCCUGGUGGACUUGUGGGUCCACACG